AUGACAUUGAAAGCACCUGCUAUGUUUAACAUAAGAAAUACUGAGAAAACACUAAUUACCAGGACUCAAGGAACCAAAAUUGCAUCCAAUGGCCUUAAGGACCAUGUGUUUGAUGUGAGCCUUGUAGAACUUCAGAAUGAUGAAAUAGCAUUUAGGAAAUCCAAACUUAUUACUGAAGAUAUGAUGAUGGAAAUCAUGAUCCAGGAAGUGCAGACAAACGACUUCAAAGAAAUGGUCAAUAAACUGACUCCAGACAGCACCAGAAAAUACAUAGAAAAGGCUUGUCAGUCUAUCUAUCCUCUCCAUGAUGUCUUCGUCAGAAAAGUAAGAAUACUGAAGCCCAAGUUUGAAUUGAGAAAACUCAUGGAGCUUAGUAGUGAAGGUAGUGGCUCUGGAAAAGCUACUGGGAAUGAGACAGGCACCAAAGGUGAACGAGCUGGUGGGUAUGAACCAUGA